UUAUUGCUCAACUCUUUUGCACUCCCAACUUACUCUCCUGCCUCACCACUUCCCCUUCCGAGGCGUUCCAUAGAAACACAAAUCCUAGAGAUUCUUCUCUGCUUCUGGGAACUCUGGGUUUUUUUUUGGGUUUUUGAUGAUGUUCCUGAAUAUGGGUUUUGUUUUGUUAAGUGCCCGAGCACAAUGCUGAUCACCUGAUCUGAUCUUUUCAGGGUGGUAAUGGGUUUUCUGUUUCAGGGUGUUGUUUGGUAUGGUUUUUCGGAGAAAUGUGGGCUUUUUGAGCACUGAGAUGGUGAAGCUUUUGUGAGCUUAUAGAGGUUUCUGGGGGGUUUUCAUCACCAUGGGUGCUGUUUAUGAGUUCAGCUAAGAUGAUCUGAUCUAUUCGGGUUUGUGAGGGGGUGGUGUUUGGUGUGAUGUUGCUGAGAAAUGUGGUUUGUUGAGCACUGAGAUGGUUAAACUUUUGUAAGCUUGAGAGAGGUUUUUGGGGUUUUGAUCAGUGUAAGUGUUGUUUCAGGGUUAAGCAAGACUGAUCUGAUCUCUGGUUCUUUUUUGGAGUAAUGUUGCUGGAAAAUGUACUUUUCUGAGACUGAAAUGUUGAAACUUUUACUAACUCGUGAGAGGUUUCUGGGUUUUUAAUCGCUGUAAGUGUUGUUUCAGAGUUCAUCUGACUGCAUUUACUUUUCUGCUAAAAAAAUGGGGUUUUAGUUUAGGGUUUCGUGUUUCAAAGAAAAAUAGAUUUCUUUGCUGUUUUUAGCUUGCUUGAAUCUCUGGGUAGUCUAUCUUUUUUCUUGAAAAGAUCUUUGUUGUCUAAUAAGUUUGAAUCUGGGGCUGUUUUUGGGCCUCAUAGGGUUAAGAUAGGUGGUUUUGUUCUUAUUGGGGUUUGGAUUUUGUAGCUUUUUAUGUUUUGGUUAUAAGAAAAAGCUGCUUUGCCUCAAAAGACAUAUUUUAUAAUGGAUUUCUUCAAAGUUAAGAAGUUUAGAAAAGCCCACAAACCAAACCCAGAAAAGGAUUCAGAGGAUAAGCCUGUGCCACAACCUGAGGAACCCAAGAAUGAGAAUGGUGAUAAUAUGAGUAAACCAGCUAACUCUGAUCCCUCUGGUGAUAUCGAGGAUGAUGAUGAUGAUUUUAUUACAAAUGAGGUGAAGAGGAGGUUGAAAGAAUUGAGAAGGAGCAGUUUUAUGGUGUUAAUACCGGAAGAGUCUUGCCCGGAAGAGGAGGAGGAGGAAGAGGAAGGUGAGAUGAGCUCUAGCGAGUGGAGGGAUGGGGAUGCAGAAGGCCGACAACCAUGGCACGGGUUUAAUGAUGUGUUUGACAAAUAUUGCGAGCGGAUGUUGUUCUUUGAUCGGAUGAGUGCUCAGCAACUGAAUGAAGCUGGUUCUGACGUUCCUUUAACUCCAUCACCAAGAUCUGCAUCUAAAAAGCUUUCAUCUCCCUUCCGUUGCCUUUCUUUGAAAAAGAUGGAAGAAGCUGAAGAUGAAGCCGAACACCUGCAGAAGCCAGAUAACAACCCAUAUCAGGAUCUUGAAACGGCAUAUGUAGCUCAUAUUUGCUUGACUUGGGAGGCACUUCACUGCCAGUACACACAGUUGAGCCAGAAAAUCUCAUGCCAACCCGAAAAUCCCACUUGUUACAACUACAGUGCCCAGCAGUUUCAACAAUUCCAGGUUUUGUUGCAAAGGUUUAUUGAAAAUGAACCAUUUGAGCAGGGCCCCAGAGUAGAAAUUUAUGCUCGAGCAAGAAAUCUGCUCCCUAAACUUCUCCAGGUUCCAAAUGUACAAGAUUCAGAUCAAACACGGAUGGAAGAGGAAUCAGAUUUUCUUGUCCUUGCCUCUGAUCUAAUUAGAAUCAUUGAGAGCUCAAUCCUUACUUUCCACCUUUUCCUGAAGAUGGACAAGAAAAAGUCGAGUGGUGUUCUUAAUCUGUUUGGUGGACAGAACCAGACUGCUACACCACUUCAACAGAUUCAAUCUUUUCUUGAGAAGAAAGAGAUGAAACUGAAGGAGCUGCGCAGAAAGCAGAAAGGCCGGAAAAAGAAAUCCUGGCCCGCAACUCAUGCAGAAGUGGAGAUGCUGUUUGGCCUCAUUGACAUCAAAGUCCUGUCAAGAGUACUGAGAAUGGAAAGGAUCACCAAGGAGCAGUUGCUUUGGUGUGAAGGGAAGAUGAACAAGCUCGAGUUACUGGAUGGAAAGCUCCAGCGAGACCCUUCUCCUACCCUUUUCCCUUGUUAACAUCUGUAAGGAAACAUGAACAAACCAAGAUUUUUCAGGUGGGAAGCUGCAGAAAGACCGUCUUCACCUGUAAGAAAUUCUGCUAGGAUGAUAGAAACAUCAUUCUCCUAUUUUGUCAAGAAUUUCUGGGUUCCCUAUCACUAAUUAGUUUGAUCUUUGAUGAUACAUUGGUCUGAAUUUCUGUAAGCAAAGUAUUCAAGGCUGUUGAUCGGUUCAAAUGGGUAGAAAACUUACCAGUGUCUACAUCAAUGAAGGAAAUCUGCAGAUUAGGCGUCUUGUCUCGUCUCGUUUUGCCUGCAGCUUCUUUGUCUGGUCAGUUCUUUUCAACCAAAUCAAUGGUGAAUUCUAUUAUGUUGAUGUUGUCUUCUUCCUCAAUGGAGUUCAUGUUUCUGAUAUUUGUCAUGGAAUCUUCAAUGAAAAUGGUGUUUUGAGUUCCA